AUGUGUUCAUUGUUGAAUUCAAACUAUUUCUUCAAAAAGAAGAGUACUAAAUUGUUAAAAUUGAUGAGCUUCGAAUCAUUCAGGCGUGCUAUGUUUUAUGAUCUGAUUUAUGUAAUUUAUUUAACUUCUCUUACAUUUCCAAAACAAAGUAGCAGUCAAAUGCAAACAUCGUUGGCAUGGGAAAGUUACACGAAAAGUCACAUAUGUACAUGGAAAAUCUAA